CAUCACCCGACCCCCACCCCCUCACACACACUCCCCAUGACUCCCACGACCUUUUGAACUCCUCCAUUUUCAAUACACUUGAAACCACAGCUCAAUUUCAUCAGCAUUAAGAAUAACAAGUAGAAGAAGAAGAAAGAGAAGGUGAAUUCUGGAAGUUUCUGGAAAGGUAAUGCGAAAAUGGCUACGGCUUACAGAAACGGCACAGUUCCUAAAGGAGCUUUAAAGGUAGAUAGGCCUCUUUCUAUGAAUUCAACUUCCAAAUCUUCUUCUUUCAAAUCCAAAAACUCCGGUCCUGCUCCGGCAUCCGGUAUCCGCCGUAAAAGCACUGGCUCCGUUGCUAACUCUGCUGCUUCCACUAAGGAUGCUACCUCCGUUUCAGGACGUGUUAGAGUUGCAGUAAGACUGCGGCCUCGAAAUGCGGAGGAGAUGGUGGCUGAUGCUGAUUUUGCUGAUUGUGUGGAAUUGCAGCCUGAGCUUAAAAGGCUUAAACUUCGAAGGAACAACUGGGAUUCAGACACCUAUGAAUUCGACGAAGUGCUUACGGAAUUUUCUUCACAAAAGCGUGUAUAUGAAGUAGUGGCCAAGCCUGUCGUUGAGAGUGUUCUGGAUGGUUAUAAUGGAACAAUCAUGGCAUACGGGCAGACGGGGACAGGAAAAACUUACACUCUUGGACGACUUGGAGAAGAGGACACUGCUGAUCGAGGGAUAAUGGUUCGUGCAAUGGAGGAUAUUCUUGCAGAAAUAACCCCAGCAAAUGAUUCUGUUUCUGUCUCUUUUUUUCAGCUUUAUAUGGAGAGUAUUCAGGAUCUCCUAGACCCAGUGAACGACAACAUAUCAAUUGUUGAAGAUCACAAAACUGGUGAUGUUUCUGUACCUGGGGCUACUGCGGUGGAUAUCAGAGAUCAGAAGAGUUUCCUUGAACUCCUUCGCCUGGGCGAAACUCAUCGUUUUGCUGCUAACACUAAAUUAAACACAGAGUCUUCAAGAAGCCAUGCUAUACUGAUGGUACAUGUCGAAAGGUCUGUCAAGGGAAGAGAUUCUGCUAUUUCAUCUGAAAAUGGGAGUACUUCUCACACAGCUAAAGCAUUCAAGCCACCUGUUGUGAGGAAAAGCAAACUAGUUGUUGUGGAUCUUGCUGGUUCUGAGCGCAUAGACAAAUCAGGAAGUGAAGCACAUACACUGGAGGAAGCUAAGUCCAUUAAUCUCUCCUUGAGUGCAUUGGGAAAAUGCAUCAAUGCGUUGGCAGAGAAUAGCGCUCAUGUUCCAGUUCGUGACUCAAAGCUCACAAGGUUGCUUCGAGAUUCAUUUGGAGGUACAGCAAGAACUUCAUUGGUUAUCACGAUCGGUCCAUCUCCACGGCAUCGAGGAGAGACGGCAAGCACCAUAAUGUUUGGACAGAGGGCAAUGAAGGUGGAGAAUAUGUUGAAAAUUAAGGAAGAGUUUGACUACAAAAGUUUGUCCAGAAGGCUUGAAAUACAGCUAGACAAACAAAUUGCAGAACAUGAAAGGCAGCAGAAAGGAUUUCAGGAUGAGAUUGAGAGGAUUGCCCAAGAGGCUCAGAUUCGAAUCACUGAGGCUGAAAAAGGUUAUGCAGAGGCAUUGGAGAGGGAGAGGUUGCAGUACCAGAAAGAUUAUGUGGAUGCAAUAAGCAAGCUAGAGGAGCAAUGGGCAGAAAAUAAACAAAAGCAUGAAAAUGAAAAGGCCAAGUCCUCAAUGCUCUCUGCUUCUAUGGAAGGUNAAGAAGAAAUUGCAGUCCUACAAAGUCAGCUAUUGCAAUUAAGUUUUGAAGCUGAUGAGACAAGGAGAAAUCUUGAUAGAGGAGGGACUGUAAAGCUGCCAGGCACUCUAGAUUCUCCAAUUCCUCCAUUUAUGCAUCAACACCUAGGAGAUUCAGGAGAUGGAGAGAAGGCCUCGAUGGCAAAACUCUUUGAACAAGUGGGUCUCUCAAAGAUAUUGUCAUUGCUUGAAUCAGAAGAUGCUGAUGUGCAGAUUCAUGCAGUAAAAGUUGUGGCAAACCUGGCAGCUGAAGAGGCAAACCAGGAGAAAAUUGUAAAAGCUGGUGGUCUAAAUUCUCUAUUAACUCUUCUUAGAAGCUCCAAUGAUGAGACAAUUCACAGAGUUGCCGCUGGCGCAAUUGCAAAUCUUGCUAUGAACGAGACAAAUCAGGAGCUUAUCAUGUCUCAUGGAGGCAUCAGUUUGUUGUCAGUCACAGCAGCCAAAGCCGAAGAUCCUCAAACCCUUCGCAUGGUUGCUGGGGCCAUUGCUAAUCUCUGUGGAAAUGAAAAGUUACAAGCAAAGCUACGAGGUGAAGGUGGAGUUAAGGCGUUACUAGGAAUGGUCAGAUGCCGGCAUCCUGAUGUUCUGGCUCAAGUUGCUCGUGGAAUUGCUAAUUUUGCAAAAUGUGAAUCAAGAGCAUACACUCAAGGAAGCAAGACUGGGAAGUCUCUCCUUAUUGAAGACGGAACCCUUCCAUGGAUUGUACAGAACGCUAAUAAUGAGGCCUCACCAAUAAGGCGUCAUAUUGAGCUGGCACUCUGCCAUUUGGCUCAACAUGAAGUAAAUGCAAAGGAUAUGAUCAAGGCUGGUGCCUUGUGGGAACUCGUUCGUAUAUCCAGAGAUUGUUCACGAGAUGAUAUAAGGACUCUUGCAUAUCGCACGCUAACUUCCAGCCCAAGUUUCCAGGCGGAACUCAAACGACAGAGGAUAGAUUAUGGUUGAACAUUUCACGUGUUAUCAAGACAAGAUGGUUUCGAAUAUGGAGAUAGUUAUUAACAUAGGUAGCUGAUUCUUUUCACAGAAACGACUGUUUUAUCUUCAAGAGGUGACAUUUGUUUUCAAUCCUAUUAAACUCUCGUUGAGAUUCAGGGAGGGUUACAAGUUUGCAACUAACAGAAACUAGUUAUCUUGUAAAUUUACGUGAAUUAGUAGGUAGGUCUCACUGGAGUAAGACCGCUAUAAAUGUAAAGCUUUGAUUUGUUUAUUCAUAUAUCAAAUGAAGCGUGUAAGAUGUCAUUUGACGUUG